AUGGCACCUGGUCCAUCACUACGAAGCACUUGGGCUUCAUUUCGCCCUCCUAAACCCGAAUUUACCGAGAAAAAUGUGCCUAGUCUUGAAGGCAAGGUGUAUCUAGUUACCGGCUCCAACACAGGGGUUGGAAAAGAAACAGCUCGCAUUCUCUACUCAAAGGGGGCUAAAGUGUGGAUGGCUGCGCGCUCUACGGAGAAGGCGAGCGUAGCUAUUGACGAGAUCAGGAAUUCUCAGCCCAGUUCUACCGGUUCAUUGCAUUUUCUUCAUUUGGAUCUUAGCGAUCUCAGCACGGUGAAGCAAUCCGCCGAGCUAUUCUUGUCGCAGGAACAAACGCUCCAUGUUCUUUUCAACAAUGCCGGCGUAAUGGUUGGGACACCAGAGGCAACGAAUACUGUUCAAGGCCAUGAGCUUGCGCUCGGUGUCAAUUGUAUCGGAACGCAUCUCUUCACCAGGCUUGUUACAGCUCUUCUGGCAAAGACAGCAAAAUCCGAGCCCGAAGGUUCGGUCCGUGUGAUCUGGCUUUCUUCAUUUGGAUUAGAGCUUUUCGGUGCAGAAAAUGUGGGCGUUGCACUCGACAAUCUGGAUUAUCAUGAGCCCAAACCAGCAACUGAGAGAUACGGAAUCAGCAAGUGUGGUGCUUGGGCACUUGGUGUGGAGUAUGCCCGGCGUCACAAAGCAGAUGGCAUUGUGAGUGUACCGAUCAACCCAGGUAAUCUGACCUCGGAACUUGCUCGCGACCAACCCGCAGCCUUGAAGGCAAUUGUCAAAGUAGUCGGUUAUCCCCCUAUAAUGGGUGCAUACACCGAGCUUUUUGCCGCAUUGUCGCCAGAAAUCACCUUGGAAAAGUCGGGAGAAUGGGUGGCUCCUUUCGGAAGAUUCUACCCCUUGCGACCGGACCUGAUAAAUGCGACGAAGCUCGAGUCGGAGGGUGGCACAGGUGGUGCGUAUAAAUUUUGGGAGUGGACUGAGCAGCAAAUCAAGGACUAUAUUUGA